GCUGUUGGCCACGCUUUUUGGCCACCAAACGGAUUCAGUGCAGCGGCGACUCUCGAACGCGUUAUUUUUUCCUCCUCGUCGUUGUCGUCGCGUUUAACUCAAAUUAUAACAACAACAACGAGAGCAGCAUCAACAACAACAACAGCAACAUCAUCAGCAGCAACAACACAAGUAACAACAUCUAGCCCAAAGGAGCCUUGUAUUGCCACCUCGACCAGCAAAAAGCCGCCAAAAUGCUUCCGUUCCGGCGUGGAGCGGCCUGGCAAACGCUCUUCCUGCUCUGCGCUCUUGCCUAUUGCAUAAAUGAAGCCAGCAGCGAGGGUCGCGUGGUCUGCUACUAUACAAACUGGAGUGUCUAUCGGCCGGGCACUGCCAAAUUCAAUCCGCAGAACAUAAAUCCAUACCUGUGUACACAUUUGGUGUACGCGUUCGGUGGAUUCACCAAGGAUAACCAAAUGAAGCCCUUUGACAAGUACCAGGACAUCGAGCAGGGUGGCUAUGCCAAGUUCACUGGACUCAAAACGUACAACAAACAGCUGAAGACCAUGAUUGCCAUUGGCGGAUGGAACGAGGCGAGUUCCAGAUUCUCUCCAUUGGUGGCUAGUAACGAGCGUCGGCAGCAGUUCAUCAAGAACAUCCUGAAAUUCCUGCGACAGAACCAUUUCGAUGGCAUCGACCUGGAUUGGGAAUAUCCCGCCCAUCGAGAGGGCGGCAAGUCCCGGGAUCGUGAUAACUAUGCCCAGUUUGUCCAAGAGCUGAGGGCCGAAUUCGAAAGGGAAGCGGAGAAGACCGGACGCACUCGUCUCCUGUUGACCAUGGCGGUUCCUGCUGGCAUCGAGUACAUUGACAAGGGUUACGACGUGCCCAAGUUGAACAAGUAUCUGGAUUGGUUCAAUGUGCUGACCUACGAUUUCCAUUCCUCCCACGAGCCAUCGGUUAACCAUCAUGCUCCGCUCUAUUCGCUGGAGGAGGACUCCGAGUACAACUACGAUGCUGAGUUAAAUAUUGACUACUCCAUCAAAUACUAUCUGAAAGCGGGUGCAGAUCGUGACAAGCUUGUUCUGGGCAUACCCACCUAUGGCCGAUCCUAUACUUUGAUCAACGAGGAGAGCACCGAACUGGGAGCACCUGCAGAGGGUCCGGGAGAACAGGGUGAUGCCACUAGGGAAAAGGGAUACCUGGCUUACUAUGAGAUCUGCCAGACCCUCAAGGACGACCCCGAGUGGACUGUGGUGCAGCCGAAUGCCAAUGUUAUGGGUCCCUAUGCCUACAGACGCAACCAGUGGGUGGGCUACGAUGAUGAGGCUAUCGUACGCAAGAAGGCCGAAUAUGUGGUAGCCCAGGGACUGGGCGGCAUUAUGUUCUGGGCCAUCGACAACGAUGAUUUCCGCGGCACAUGCAACGGAAAGCCAUAUCCUCUUAUCGAGGCUGCCAAGGAAGCCAUGGUGGAGGCAUUGGGACUGGGCAUCAACGAGGUGGCCAAGCCAAGUGGACCACAGAAGCCAUCAAGAUCUCGCAGUCGCGAUAAUGCCAGCAACAGGAACCGUAUAAAUGGCAAGACCGAAGCUCCACUCAGUUCCAGGAGACCCAGUGCCACAAGGAGACCAGCUGUGAGCUCCACCCAGGCACCACCGCCAAGCACCACCUUCAAACUGACCGAAGCCGAGGGAUCCUCUCUUUACAUUGGAGGCAGGGCAUCUACCACGCCGCCACCACCAACGACUCCCGAUCCAGGUUCGGACUUUAAGUGCGAGGAGGAGGGAUUCUUCCAGCAUCCAAGAGAUUGCAAGAAGUACUACUGGUGCCUGGAUAGUGGACCGUCUGGUCUAGGAAUUGUGGCUCACAUGUUCACUUGUCCAUCGGGACUUUACUUUAAUCCCGCUGCCGAUUCCUGCGACUUUGCUCGCAAUGUGCCCUGCAAGACCAAAAAAUCUACAACGGCGGCACCAGUGACCUCCACAACACCGGCAACCACCACAGUGCGUUCCAAUCGAGUAACAGCUGCUCCCACGGCUCGUCCAGUAUAUCCUCGCACCACGACCACAACAAGCACUACGACCACCACGACGACUACUCCAUCCACUGUUGAUGAAGACCUGGAAUAUGAAGAAGAUACUGACGAGCUGUCUCCAAGCAAAUCCACCGAUGCUGAGGAGGAUCCACAGGUGAUUAAGGAACUGAUCGACUUGAUUCGCAAAGUGGGUGGCGUGGAGCAGCUGGAGAAGCAUCUUUUGCGUAACAAGGAUGGAUCGAUUACAUUGAAGGAAAAUUCUGCCACUGGAGCAGCCACUACUCCGUCGACUAUAAGCAAAUCUCUGUAUGAUCGUGUGCUCAGUCGACCUGGAACAUUGAGUUCCUUCAGCCGCAAUCGUUUCAAGAUCAGCGAUGCGACAGAGACAAGCACAGAAGCCACUGCUUCGAGCAGUUCGUCAAGGGGUUCAUCGACUCUCACCUCCAACACAAACUCCAAAUAUUCUUCAGUUCUGAGAGGCAACAGUCGCCAAGGUCCACAGAACGAGGGCAUUGAAAAAUUGGCUGAGUUCGAUGGUUUCCUAAAGGAACGCAAACAAUAUGUGACCAUCAAUCGCCAUCGAUCUGCGAGUCAGGGAGAUGAUGAGGAGCAUGCAGAUCAGCAGGAAGAGGAGGAGAACCUGGCCGAAGUUGAGACAACAACCCGUCGUCCUUUGAGCUCUAUCACUCCGUCUUACACAAGUCUCAGACGCUCCAGGCCCACCACGGUGGCACCGUCAGCAGAAGAAUCCAACGAAGAGGCAGAGCAACAUACCCAGACACAGGUAAAAUCCUAUGCCACCUUGAGCCGUACUCGUGGACGCACCACGGCAUCCCCAGAAGUCACGGAAGCGGCACCCAGUUCGACAACCAAUCGUUACAAAUACUUUGAGCGUACACGACCUACUAAGAGUGCCACUGCCGAGGAUUCCGAAGAUCCAACAGAAGACGAAGAGGAAGAGUACGAGGACGAGCAAAAGGAUAUUGUCACGGUACAGAGCAAACAAUCCACAAACACACGUAAAUAUGCGAGCAUCGGCCGCAGAACAGCCACCACCACAACAGCAACACCAGAUACUACAACUACAACAACAACAACCGCCGGCACUGAGACUGCCAAGGCCAGCACCACCACCACCAACAACAACAACAGCCACUACAACAGCAGCAAUAACAACAACAAUGUGAAACUGAAUAACCAAAUACCAACAGAAGAGAACAUCACAACAACACCCAGCACCACCGCCCAGUCCGAAACCACCACCUCAACUAACGAAACCACUGAGCCAAAUGAAAGCACCUCAACCACCACCACAUCCAUAACUAAUAACUUGCAUACCAUAACCACCACACCCACACCAAUUGUAGCAUCCACUGUCCCAACAACAACCUCCAAUGGCAUUAGCUCAGACUCCCUCCUAGCCACCGAGUUGAGCGAAGCCUCACCCACCCACCUUCCUCCCAGUCCCGACUUAGAAACAUCAACACCGACAACAACAAGCACAACAACAACGGAACAACCUGAACUGGACACAACAACAACGACACCGAAAACCACAACAACAACCACCACGGGCAACAACGAACUGAAUGACGUUAACAACGUGGACGAGGACAGCGAGGUAACGAAAACCAAGACCCAAUACAAGUAUGCAACCACCAACCGUCGACGCAUAACCACAACAACAACAACCACCAAGAACAGCAACAACAACAACAAUGCAGAAGCUGCGAACGAUGCUAGUCCAACAACAAACGGUUUGAGUAGUUUAAAUAGCAUUAGAACCAACCCGGGCAGAAGGCAACCCCAACCAGAGCAGACCCAAACAACAACCUCCGAACCAAACCUUUCUAGUCCCAGACCCUUUGGUUAUCCCCGACGUCGCACACGACCCACAGCUAGCACCACAACCACCACUAUUCCCCAAACCGAUAAUGAUAACAAUACCGAUAAUAACGAUAACGAAACCGAUGCAGUUGCGCAAGUAGUGAAGAAGACACGACUAUCUCCAGGGGAUAGGCCCAAGGUGAGUGCCAGUCUUCCAACAGCAACCGCAAUCAACACACGAACCAAAACCUCCUCACUGCACCACCAAGAAUCCCAAGUAGAAGUAGCUGGUAACGGUGGCAAUGAUAGCUUAAGGCAUGACGUAGUUAGCUCUAGUUUAAGUCAAUCCCAAUCCAACAAAAUCGAUACCGACGACCUAAGUACCACCCAGCAGCAUACCAAGUACACUUGGCGUGCGGUGCGACGUCCUGCAUCGCAGCGCACAGUGGUUCCCAAUUCUUUAGGGGGCGACGAUAAGGACUCCCGACGCUUUGCCGGCAAGCAGUUGAACACCGAAUCAAUUGUGGAAGACGAGCUUCAAACCACCACUAAGUUCCGCAGUCGCCGCCUGAAUUCCGCCGAGGAUGAGUCCGAGGUGGCUCUCGAGGUGGCAACUGCGACACCAUCGCACGGUUCCCGCAGCUACCAGAGUAUCCAACGCUCUGCUGGCAAAGCGAGCUUAGAUGACUCUCAAAUCCACUACAAAGCCAUUACUCGCGAUUCCGAAGGCGGUGCUCAUCUCACCGCCGGACGCAGUUCCAGCUUUGUGAGGAAUUUCGGCGAAGCAGCCAUACCAACUCCACCGCACCAACCUAUUAGCAGAGGUGGACAGAUUGUGGAGAGCACCACCGAAGAUGAAAAUGUGGCUGCUGAAAUAAUUGAUGAUGAGAAGAGGGGAGAGACGAAGGCGCCUGCUGGAAGCGAGAAUACUGAUGACAGCAACACGGCAACCGAACAGGAAUCUCCCGAAAUUGUAACUGAAGCUGCACUACCACAGCUCGAGAUUACCACUUUGUUAUCAGAAACUUCAGAUGUCGGCAGUUCUUCGGAACAAUCUGUAAGCAGCACCACUGAAGAAAGCUCCAGCAGCACCGCAGAUUUGAAUACCGUCGUUGAAGAAGCCAAUCUAGGCGCUGAAACCGACAAAAAGUCUUCUUCUGAUAUUGAUAAUGGAGAAUCUUCAACGGAAAUCAACUCGUCUGAAGCCCCAAUUAGCAGCACAACUGUAAAAUCUGAAGAAGUAAGCAGCACCACUGAACAUAAUUCAGAAGCCAUUGAAAAAGAAAUUGCCUCUGAUAUCAACGAUGAAUCCAGUGAAGGUCCUGCAAGCAGUACGGAAUUUAUAGAAACCAGUACAACUAGCAGCCCAGUCAGUUUCCAAGCUGAUUCUUCGACAACAACAGAAAAACCCACUCGGCGUACAUUUAACCGGCUUAGCUCAACUACUCCUGCAGCUGUGCCAGAAGAAGAAACCACUUCCACCGUAAACCCAAGACGUCGAGUUAUUGUGCGCACCAGAAUCAGCACCACUGAAGCGGAGAGUGAGGACCAGACAACCACAGAAGGACCAAAACGACGUAGUUUUUACAGAACUAGCACCACAGCGGAACCAAGCAGCUCCACUGAAGCAGACAGUGAUGCCCAGAUAUCUACUGAAGGUCCAACACGUCGUUCUUUCUUUAGAACUAGGACCACUGAAACAGCUAGCAGCACCACUGAAGAACCUAGCAGCCCCACGGAACCAGAGAUUGAAGUCGAGACAACCACCGAAGGUCCAACGCGCCGUUCGUUCUUCAGAAGUAGCACCACUGUGGUUCCUAGUAGCACCACUGAAGAAAUCAGUAGCAGCUCUAUAGAUGAUGAUGCUGUAGUGAAUAUUAUCACCACUCGUCGUUCGCUUUUCACUAAGCCAAGUUCUACAGAAGCCACAACAACAGCAACUACAGAAGACUCCGAAGUUAGUAGCUCCACCAGGCGUAGUUUCUUCCGUACCAGCACUACCACAGAAGGCACAACAAGUACUACAGAAGAGGCGAAGGACAUUGAACACGAGAGUGAGAUCACCGCUGCUUUGCCUAAACGUCGAGUUAUAGUCAGAGGCAAUUUUAGGCCCCGCAAGGAGGGAGAUCUCUCCUCUCUUUUAGCGGCAGACGCCAACAAGCGAGCGAGAAACAACCAUAGCACUACGAGCACUGAAAGACCUGCUAGUCAAUCAACUACAUCCAAUGAAGAAGAUACGGAGGCACAACCACCACAAGCUGAGGAGAAGGCAACCACUGGUCGGGUUUCCUUAAAUGCCGUUCGAAACCGUACCACCACAAAAACCGAAAGCUUAGGCAAUGGAAUCACCCGCACUCGCACCACCUACGUCCGCACUCUCGACGCUGGUCAAAAGGUUGUGAAACGCAUUCACACUAAAACCAUAGAGGAGAAACCCGCGGAGUAUGAGUACAUUAUCGAUGAAGUGACCCACCCACCAGCGCCGAGCACCACGCCUCGCACAGUGACCCGCAAUCGUGGAUCCGUGCGAUUCCAGAGUAAUGAUCUUUCUUCGCUGCUGGCCUUGGACUUUGCCUCACGUAGCACCCGCAAGAAACAAGCCCAAACAGAGACAACAGUUACCAAAACGCGAAGACGCCUACUUAAGAAACCCAAGGAAACCAUCGAGCACGAAGAGGUGGAAGAAUUCGAGUAUGAAGCAGGUCAGGAAGCUGGGAACGAAGUAGAGGAGGCGCCACGUGUAAGCACUACGGCCAGGACUAUAAUCCGAAGAACUAGACCGACAACAACCAAAACAACAACUACCAGAACUACAACUACGGAAACACCGGAAAAUAUCGAGGCUAGCACCCGCAGGGCGAGCUUCGCUUUCAAGCGUCCCUCCAAAGCUAGCACAACCACUGAAGAACCAACUACAACAUCUACUGAACCCACAACAACCUCAGAAGCUACCACUAGAAGAGUUCUCAACUUCAGAAGACCAGUGAGCACAACAAGCACCCCAUCUUCAAUAGAAGCUGAGUCUACUGAGGAGGCAACUGCAGCCCCCAUUGAGGCCACCACCAGAAGAGUUCUUGCGUUCAAAAGACCUGUCAGCAGAACAACCACCCCAGCACCAGUAGAAGAAGAGUCAACAGAAGAAUCCACCCCCACUUCUAUAGAAGGCACCACCAGAAGGAUUCUCGCUUAUAGAAGGCCCGUGAGCACAACAACUACCACACCAGUUCCUGUUGAAGAUGAAUCUUCAACAGAUCAGUUGGCAGCGGCCAAGCAAAAGUUUAUAAAUCGUCUCAAAUCUAGCACCACCGCAACAACAUCAAUCCCUGAAACAACCACCACUGAAGAAGACUUAAGUGAUCUUAAGGUGCAGCUGAGCAAUGCCAUAAACCGUUUGCAAACGGAAAAUAAACUAGAAGUCCAGACAAUCACCAAGGGAAGUGAAGCCGCAGAAGAUGAAGGCGAUGAUAAGCUUUCAUUGCCAAUUUACCACAGAAGAAAGUACUAUCAGUAUGUAAAGGAUUCACCAAUUACCUAUAUCGACAAGUCCCCCGCACCACCGGAUAUCGAAAGUGUGACUGUUAAUAUUAAGCAACAAAUUCAUGAUGUGUUCAAUGUUAGUGAAAAUGAGACGCCACAUAAUUCUCUGGGCGAUGACGGAGAGACCGAAGGACAUCGCGAGGCUAUGGCGCAGGCCAAGGAAAUCAAUGCCGAACUCGGUCAUUUUUUAUUGAAAACCCCCGGGUCAAAAAUAAAGGGCCAGCGACAGGGAAAAGCAUUUAAAACAAUACCACUAGCAACAGACUCGAGCAAUGAGACCUCUAAGAUUGUAAGCCUUUCUCUUCUAGAAGAAAAGGAAAGAGGCGAAGAUGAAGCCAGGGCUUUACGCACCUACACCAGAUUAAACCGCACCCGCUUGACCCUGUCCACCAGGUUACAGGACAAGACCCAAAGUGAACCACUAGACACAACAACCAGGAGGAGCUACAGCGUCCCCCAGCGUUUCCGUAUUCGCUCAACAACGCCGGUACCCUCUAGAACAGAAAACAGUGAAGAGGACGAUGAAGAAACUGAAGACAAUGAAGGACCAUCGCCCAGCACAACAACUGUGACACCAUCCAUAAAACUACCUACCAGACGACUUUUUACACCUAGAAGGCCCGUUAAUGCUGUAAAGGACUCAGAUUCUUCAGAUAUACGUAAAGACAAUGAGGAAGAGUUAAAGGUGGAAUCAACCACAAGACGCCUCUAUGCCGGCUUAAAUAGAUUAAGAGGCAGGGGAAGCACCACCACAACCACCGAGGAAGCAACUGAUUCAACCACCGAGGCAGCAACCACAACACCCAAAAGUACAAGACAACCUUAUGUGGGCAUUAGUCGCAGAGUAACAACUACAACGACCACUGAGAAGUCAGCGGAAAGUAGCACUGAAUAUAAUGGAAGUGAAGAUGAAGAAACGGAGUCCACCACAGUAACUCCUGAACAGGAGGUAAACGAUGACGCUAAAGAAAAUAAGGUUGCUAUUAAAGAAACAGAUGACGAAGUUAGCAAGAAAGCUCCCGAAGAGGCUGAAGACACCAGCACUGAAGAACCCGAACUGGAAGCCUAUAUAGACGACGACAAUGAAAUCCCUCUGGAAGAAAGCGGACCUAAAACUGAAACCACAUCAACAACAACGACCACCACUACACCAGCAAGCACCACCUCACGUCGUCAGUUGGUAAUUCGUCGCCGUUUUAAUGGCACCAUAACAACAACCACUACGGUUGCCCCCGUCGCUGAUGACAAUCUCGAGAAUGAGAUCGAUCCAAAUGAUACAGAGAGUUCAACACCAAAAGCGGCAACUACAACUUCACCAAGACGGCAACUUUUAAUACGCCGACGCUUCAAUGCGACCAGCGGGUCAACAACAACGACGACUGCAAAUCCUAGUGCCGACAAUGAAAUAGAUCAGGGCGAGACAACAAGAACAACGCGUCGACCGAUUCUGUCACGUCGGCGAUUUAAUGCGACUUCCAUCACAGCAACAACACCGGGAUCAACGAACGGCGACGAGAUAAGCACACGACGUCCGUAUGCGGCCUUGAACCGCUCACGUAAUCGCUUUACAACACCGCAAACAACAAACAACGAGGGUGGGGAAAACGGCGAUGAUGAUGAUGACGACGGAGAGGAAGAGGAGCAGCUGGCACCGCCACGAGCUGUCUUCCUUCAAACAAACCGCCAUCGCGCUCUGAAACCCACCCCUGAAGACGAGGAGGAGGCUGCAGCUGCGGUGCCAGCACGUAGGCCACCCAAUUUUGCCGCUCGUCGCACCACCGCUGCACCACUGAGAGUUAGCUCUAGUACGCGACGAAAUCUGGUGGCAAUCAAUAGAAACCUUUACCACCGACCAGAGGAAGAUAACGAGGAAGAACCCGACGAGGAGUACGACGAAAACGAGGAUGGGGAUGAUGAUCAAGAAGAAUCCGUAGAUCCUCAAGUUACAAGCACUACAGCACGUUCACGACUUAGUCAACUGCUAGCCAACAGGCAAAGACAACCACUCAGGACAACCACUCAAAAACAGACAGAGACAGAUAGCACCGAUACAGAAACUGACUCGGACAACGGCGAUGAAAACGAUGAAGAAGAUAACGAUAGCUCCGCCGAGGUAUCGAACAGUAACCACACACUAAACCACAACAAUACUUUGGGGGGUGGCACCACUAACCUUAACAAUCUUACUAACCGUAGCACCGCACUGAAUGUAGCUAGUCAACGUAGUAACAGCACCGUAGCCAAUUAUAUUAAUCGAUUCAAGUCAAACAGUUACACAAACAAAAACAAACCAGUCACAGUCACAGCUAAUAUUAAGGCAGAUAGUACAGAUGAUAAAGAUAACGAUGGAGAUGAUGAUGGAGAUGAUGAUGAUAAUGAUGCUAGUCUAGAGAAUGCGGGGGAGGAGAAAACGAGUGGGGCUGGUUUGAAUGCCUUAGGUAAUGAUGUUAAUUCCACACGACGCUUUCAGAAUCGUUAUCAAUUGAGCCGCACCAGAGGCAGCACCACCAACACCACCCCAACAACAACACAACAACCCCAAACCACAACCACCGCCAGACGAUUGGCGUUUGGGGGCCGUCAGCGCGCCCAGGUAACUAAACUAACCCUAGUCGAUGAGCAGACUGAAGAGACCGAGACUAAGGGUGAUUCCCGCGAAGAGGAGGAGGAGGAGGAAGAAGACUCCAACGCAACCACAACAACAACCACAACCACCAGCAGACCAACACCGAAGCGCAUACGUGUGCUUAAAUUCCGCAGACCCUUAAAUAGCAAUAGCAAUAGUACCACCAAUGUAGAUAGCACCACUAAUAGCGCCACUGACACUAACCCAGACACCACCACAGCCACACCAACAACAGCAAGUCAAAGCACCACCAGCAACAACAACAAAAACACCACAAGCACCACCGGCAAUAAGCGUUUCCGCAAGAUUGUUCGCAAAUUGAGGCCUGUGGACUCAAGUACUGCGGCUAGUGUGGAUAAUGCCGAUGAGACCACCCGUAAACCUUUCGUCCCCAGCCACACCAGAUUCGCUGAUCAGGAUAAUGACCUUGUCAAUCUCCGCCAGCGGAUCAAGGAGCAGCAAGCACGAGGUGAGCCACAGGAUGGAGUUAUUAGCAAUCGGUUUAAGACCCUGGGCCAAAAGGACGAUCAGGAUGUGUCGGAGUUGCAAAAGUUAAGGGACAAAGUAAAGGCAGAGCAGGCGAGGGGAGAAGGAGAACAGGGCGUGAUCAACGAUCGUCUGAAGAAGCUUCUGGCCGAGAAGGGCUCGAGCAUCUCAAGCCAAAGAGAAGAAUCUUCAACAGAUGACGACUCUUCCUCAGUUUCCUCGGCCAGACCCUUCUUUAAACGAAAACUGGUCGCACGUAGACCCUACACACCACCCUCGGCCAGUGGUGGCACUACAAAGGCCCCCCUGACCUUUAGCACCACCCGACCCACGGCAAAAUUCGUGCGCAGGAAGAACGGAAGAUUUGAUCCCUUCAACUCGAGUGUUCGCAAUCGUGGAGAGGGCUUUGUGAGGAGUGAUCCGCGAGGAUCCAGAUUGCCAGGAACCGAUCGCUUCAAGUCUCAGGGAAAUAGCGAAGACGAUGAAGAGGUGGAAGAGCGCCACGAGCAACCACUGCAGAAUCAGUUUGCAACCACUUUGCGAAGACCUUUUGUGCCGAAGACCCGACCAGUUUUGGAUAAGUCCAAGCCUGAGCAGGAAGAUGGUGCAGAAGAGAGUGAGGAAGAAGACGAGGAGGAGGAUUCCGAGGAAGAAGGAGACGAAGAAGAGGAUGAAGAAGAAGAGGAGGAGAAGACAGAGGGUGAAGAGAACAGUGCACAAGAAGAUAACAAGCCGAAGUUUAAUUCCCCUUACAAGCCCAAGGAUAAUCGAGCUCCACCGGGCAGUCGUCCCACAUUUGGAACCACUGGCAGUGGGUCACCACCUACCGCAUCCGGAAAUGUGCCCUACAAUCCUCGCAAUCGCCCAUCAAGCUCGGCCAAUGGAAAUAGCACACCAUCCAACCGCUUUGGCACCACAAAGCGACCUCGUGUGGUUAACCGACCGCCGGGAGUGGCCUCACCAAAUUUGACCUUGAAACCCGUGGCCAGUGAUUACGAACGCACCACACCGCUGACACCACUGAAACCGGCGCCAUUCAUACCCAGCAAUAAUAGGAGUUACGAGAGAAAGUACUCGGGUCCAUCCACAGAGGCCGCGGAGACGGCCAGCGAGAACUCCCUGAUCGAAGAGUUGAAUAUCGAUGCACUGAAUGCGAGAAACAAGAAGAUCUUUGACAAACACAGUAAGAAGCAUCCGGCUCUGAAGCCAAAAGUGGUUAAGGUGGAAUCCGAGACGGGAUUAGAGGUGGAAACCGGUACGGAGGUGGCGGUGGAAGAUGAAACCACCGAGGAGCAGCAGCAGGAGCAGGGCUUUGUGACCACCACACCCAGUACACCACCAUCACCAGCACCACCCAGCACACAGUCAGACACAGCCACCACCACAGACACGCCACCAGAAACUGAAACUGAAACAGAAACUGAAACAGAAACAGAAACUGAAAAUGUAACCGAAAUUGAAACAGCGACCAAUGCUAAUGAAGCCACUUCCAUCAAUUCACAGGAUCAAACCAUCUCGAGCACCACUCAAGCACCACCGCCGGCCACAACUUUGUUGCAUGUGUUCACCCUUCUCGAGGGUGAGGGUCAAGAAGAGGAGCCCACGACCAGAAAGCCAACGGUUCGCCUCUAUCCCACCAUACAAACGGAAGUGGUGCCCAAGCACAAGUUAAUCGAGAUCAAUCGCAUUGUCGAGAUUAAUUCCAAACAGGCCAAGGCUGCUCAGAGGAAAUCCAAGGCGAAUCAUGACUUUAGCACCUUGAUGGUGGAGUCCCUGCCCCACGUGGAGCAGCUGGGCGAGAUCAGUGUGGUGAAAUAUGUCCAUUUGGUGGAUGGCAGUGACAUUCAGAUCAACGACGGGCACAGCACAGUGGCAGAUUACACGCCCACCGAGCCCACGUCAGCGGCUCAAAGUCCUGUCUCGCUGCCCGUUAGGAAUUCUCUGCCAGAAACCGAGGGCGGUGACACCGAUCGCAGUGGCAAGUCCUUGGUGCCUGAAGUUCUAACUGCCGCUUUGGAGACCUCUACCAUUUCACUGGAGGGACUAUUUGAUUCGGCCAGAAAGGGCAAGCAACUGAGCAGCAAUACAAUCAUUGCCGAAACGGAGGAGAGCACAACCAUUAGCAGUAGCAGUAGUUCGGCCAGCGAAACCGGAGAGAGCACCACACCGGCACCCACUUACCUGCGACAACCAGCGACUGGCAGCGUUUCGCGGCGACCGGUGUUGAGUGUCCGCCGGCGGAUUAUCAACUCGCCGACGUCGGCAGCGAUUGAAGCCACCACGCAGCAGCCAGCAGCAGAACCACCGACGACCUCCAAAUACAGCCGACUGCGCAGCAGACCCUCCGCAACAGCAGCAGCAGCAGCGGCAGCAGCAACAACGACCACUGCUGCAGCAACAACAGCUUUCCCAGCAGCAACAUCUGCUCCCGGCGGCAGAACCACCAGCAACAUCUACCUGAGCAAGCUGAAAGCCAAGAGCGGUGCCGCAGCGGCAGCAACAGCAUCCGGUGAGGCAGCAACACUGACGCCAGCAACUAGCAACAUCAGCAGCAGCAGCAGCAGCAGCAAUGACAUCACACAAAAGCAGCACAAGUUCCAGCCCGCCAGCUUUGCUCUGCGCCGCCAAUUUCAAACGCGUCGGCUGACAACCUUCGCACCGGCGGCCAACGGCGAUGAAAGUGCCACCGAGGUGCCCAGAACUCAGAACCCACUAUUCAAGCGCCGCCUCACUCUUAUAUCCACCACUCCACCGUCCGCCCGCACCACCAACCCACCAGUCUCGGGCCUGGAAACCACCACCACUCUUUAUUUGAACGACGACGACGAGGAUCAGGUGGCCAAGUCGAGCAUUCACACGAGCCGCUUCAACCAGAUACCAGAGCAGGUGCGUCCACGCGAGGAAUACGACUUGGCAUUGCCAGCGCAGCCACUGAAGAGCACCAGCACCACAGCUAGCACCACUGCCAAUGCACCACUACCAGUUAUUGGCCAGGGAAUUCGCCGUCAAUUAAUCCCACGUCCUCGCCGGCCGCAAUCGACCACAUCAACGCCCCCCACCACACCCACUUCCGGUUCAACUUUGAGAUCGACCACGUCGGCUGGACACUCGGCUCCUCCUCUCUCCCGUCGCCAGCAGAGUCGUCGUCGUCCGCACAAAUACAUCGAGGUCUACAGUCGUCCGCCGGUGAAGACUGCCGUAAUCUCGGCGACCUCAAGUAGUCAAUUUCUGGACGAGGGACUCCCAGUGGGUCAAAGUCAGGUGGCCCAACGGCGUCGCAGUGGCAGUAUUCUUCCGGCCAAAAACGAUCCCAAAGUGAUCGUUCAUGGUCAUGGCAUCAUUGAGUGCCGGGCACAGGGAAAUUUUCCGCAUCCCCUUAACUGCAGGAAGUUUAUAUCCUGCGCCCGAUUCGAGGAGACCGGUGGAAUCGUUGGAUGGGAGUACACCUGUCCCAAGGGACUUACCUACGACGGCGUCGGCGGCAUGUGCACUUGGUCGCCCUCGGAUCAGCCCUGCCGGGAUUAGACUGAUAGACAAACAAAACAAAAACAAAAACACAGCCCUAAAUAAGCCUCUAAAUCCAUUAACCCACCUCAUCUGGAGACCCAUUCGCAUCGAUAAAAAGACAUCCAUUCCCAUUGCACCCCGUGUUGUAUAUGAUUUUUCCAAUUUGUGAUUAGUUCUGAUGAGGUUGUUGAAAUCGAGACGAUGAAUAUGAGUGAAGCAAGUUGAAAUUCUACGUUAAUUAUUCUUAUUUAAGCUUAGUGAUAUCUCAACCCAAUUUUUUUGCGCCUGCCAACUCAGUAGUAAGCAAGAAAUAUUGUCCGUAGUUCAUCGUCCCAUAUAUAUAGCGCCAUAUCUAUAUAUGUGGUUGGGCGUGUGGUUACGCUAUAUACCGUAAUGGAUAAUAUGCUUUCUUUAUCAAAUAAACAUAUCAUGUAAUCCAAA